AUGGAGCAGGAUUACCAAUGGUUUGACAAAUUAUCAGCUACGGUGGCUGCCCCAAAGCCAAAAUAUAUCGAGCCUAUAUUGCUGGCCACUACUGACAAGAGUGAAUUCAGACAGGUUGUUGCUGCUCUACAAAAUAGACUAGGUGAUACCGCUUGGUCCAUUGUCUAUAAGGCCCUUUUAGUGCUUCAUAUCAUGAUUAGAGAAGGUGAAGCGGACAUAACGUUGAAAUAUCUAUCCAAUCAUUUACACUUUUUUGACUUGAACCAGAUUAAGCAGAUAGGUUCUGGUGAUGCUAAACAAUUGACUCGAUAUGCUAAAUAUCUUGCUGUGAAAUCUAAACAAUAUGGUAAUGUUGGAAUAGAUUUUGUACGUGAUGAACAAAUCAAUAAAAAAGAAGGUGGUAGACUAAGGAAUUUAUCAAUAGAUAAAGGUUUAUUAAGGGAAGUGGAAAGUGUGGAAAGACAGAUUGCAGCGCUUGUACGUUGUAAAUUUUAUGAAUCUGAUAUCAAUAAUGAUAUUGUCUUGACAUGUUUUAGAAUGUUGGUUAACGAUUUAUUAUGUCUUUAUCAAACUCUGAAUGAAGGGGUUAUAAAUAUAUUGGAACAUUAUUUUGAAAUGUCAAAAUAUGAUGCAGACAGAGCAUUGGUUAUAUAUAAGGAAUUUGUUGAAUUGACUAAAGAUGUCGUUAAUUAUUUGAGAAUAGCUAAACAUUUAGAGUAUGCAACAAAACUUCAUGUUCCAACAAUAAGACACGCCCCAACUGCAUUGGCUAAUAGUUUAGAAGAAUAUUUGAAUGACGGUAAUUUUGAAGUUAACAGAAAACAAUAUCUUGCAGAAAGAGAAAUUAAAGGUAAGAAUCCAGAUGCCAAAAGAGAAAUUCCAUUUAAUAAUAAGUCACAAAAUGAACAACAACAACAACAACAACAACAACAAACCAAUGUUCAACCAAAUGCUACUGGAUAUAAUCCAUGGGCUUCUCAACUGGGAUUACAAGCUGUCAAUUUGAAUGGAUACCAAUCUCAACCACAACAAGUUAAUACUCAGCAACCUCAACAACAACAACAACAACAACAACAACAACAACAACAACAACCUUUAGUACCUCAGCAUACAUCUAAUCCAUUCCUACAAGCUCAAGCAACAAAUCAAGCUCCACAAGUUCCUCAAAUUCCACAAGAAUAUCAACAACAAUUUCAACAACAAUUUCAACCUCAACAAACUGGAUUCCAGCCAAUUCAACAAGCUCAGACAUUUAAUUUUGUGGGAAAUCAACAACAUCAACCUCAACAACAACCAUUCCAAUCACAGCAAACUGGAUUUCAACCAAAUGGAUUGCAACAAUCUUUUUCAACUGGUAUAAUUCCAAAUCAUACCGGUGCUGGAUUCGGUAAUUUCAAUAAUGCUACUCAAAUUCAACAGCAACCAACAGGUAAUCCAUUUUUACAAGGUCAACAACAACCAACCCAACCUUUCCAACAACAACAACAACAACAACAACCACUUAACUCUGCGCCUAAGGAAUUGAAAUCUUCUAAGACUGGUAAUAAUCCAUUUGCAAUUGAUUAUAAAUCCAACCAAAAUUCUAUAUCAGAUAAUAAUCCAGCAUCAGGUGCUUUUGGAUCCAACUUAGUGCCUCAAAAGACAAGUAAUCCAUUUGCUGCUCAAUCAGCUUCGUCCUCAAAUCCAAAUUCUACAUUACAUACUGGUCCAUUGACAAGUCAAGUGACAGGCACGAAUCCAUUUCAAAAGGCAAGUUAUACAUCAAAUAGAAUUUCAACAAAUAAUCCUAUACAACCACAACAAACCUUCGGUGGAUAUGAGAAUUUGCCUACUAAUCCUGUAUUCCCCCAAACUAUUCAACAACAACAUACUAAUCAAUUUCAACAAAAGGCAAAUUGGGAUUUACAACAACAAGUUGCAUAUAAUCAACAACAACAAUCCUACCAAAAUCAACAACAGCAACAGCAACAAUCAUUCCCAAACCAGCAACAAACAGGAAAUCAAUUUAGUUUUCAAGCAUAUGAUGGACCAAGUUUGAUUUGA